AUGCUGCGAGUUCAAGAACAAAGGCGCUCGUGCGUCGAGUACCAGCGAGACCACAGGAAGGACAUCACAGAUGAGGAGCGGAAGGCGUUCGAAGUGCUGUGGGCGCGGGACGCAGGGGCAGGGGAGUACGUCGUCAAAGACAAUCCGCCUGAGCUCAAGCGGAAGAACCUCAUCGAUUUUGCGCAGUUCGUCCGAGUGCGCGGCGAGAAGGCGUACAAGAGCAGAACGGAGGCGGACGCCCCGAUGACCCACGCGGCCUUCCUCAUCUGGGCGGUUCAGGUGCAGGGCUUUUCGAGUGAGGAGGCUGACGAUUGGUGGCAAGAGCUGAAGAACGACCGCAACAUCGACAGGGAUAGCAAUGGUCCUCGCGGGCGGUUUCAAUUGUACAUCCCCAGCGUGGAGAGGCGCAUAGUGCGAGGCCGUGAACAAUACGAAGACAACCAAGCUGUCGAAGGCAACAACAAGAACAAGAAGCCGCCAGAGGAGUACCGCGCCAUGCUGGAACGAAACGUUCUUCGGCAAGGUGUGUCUUUCGGUGACGGUUUCUUGUCGAUGAGUUCGAAGGGCGCCAUCGUUGGCAUGAAGCGGCAGAUGGACGAGGAGGCCAUCGGCGUCGACGAGGGUGACGGCAACAAGCGGGGCAGGGCUAGAAAGAGAACGGCCGCUUUCGAUGCCGCGGGCGGCGAGGAUAUAUCAUCGGCCAAGACGAAGGCUUUCGCGAGGUAUGAGAAGGAGGUCGGAGUCGCUUCUGCCAAGCUCUUGGAUGCCACGAAGAAGGGUAAGUCGGCGGCUUCAACGUUGCUGGAGCACCGAGUCACGCUCGGGUGCUGCAGUUCAAGCACGAGGUUCGCUCGUGGCCUGAUCGAGGUCGCGCGACGCCUUUCGGGUGCGGACGUGGGCCUGGUCAUCGCCAAGUGGAGUUCUCGUGGAUCUGGCGAUGCGGCCAGCGCGAGCCGCGUGAGCGAGGCCGAGCUUUCGACGGAGAGGGUGGCCGAGAUACAGGGCAUGACAACGCGCGAUUUCUUGCAGGCGGAGGAAUUCCAGAGGUUCGCGUUCUGGGCGCCGGACCAGCUGCAGGAGUUCCAGCAGUGCGAUCUGCUCGACUCGCCCAUGGACGAGCUGGAUUUGGCCAGCCUCUUCGAGAUGUCUGGGCCAGCCUUCCGCGAGUACACGUCGAAGGUCGAGGCGGUGCUAGCGGUCGCCAGGAUGACCGCAGCAGGCAUUGCCAAGACGGCAGCGGAGAUGGCAGCCCACAUCAGGUCCAAAGCGGGCCAGGCGCAAAAGGGGCGGCGCAAGAAGGGGCAGGAGGCGGCGAGGGCAGAGAUUGCUGCCAUCAGGCAGCGGGCUCAGGAAGCGGCUCGCGCCGUCGCUAGCGCGCGGGCGCGAGGCAGGAGCGGCCCGACCCGGUCGAUCUUCACGGCGGAGCACGCGCUCGCGGAGAUGGUGGAGGCGGUGAAGUGGACGGGCCAGUUCGACGUGGACACGCCUUCCGCGCUCGAGCUUCCAGACGCAGUGCAGAGGGCCUUGGCCGACGCGGACUUCUUGCAGACAUCAGCCGUGUUUGCAGCGCAAUGCAAGAGGAUCGAGUCGGUGGCCAGCACGGGCCUCGGGCAGUCCCAGCUUACCGACAAGUGCAAGCAGGCCGUCUCGGCCGCCAUGGUGUCUAUGGCUCCCCUGGGCGCGAAGCUUGAUCUGUCCGUGGCGUCUAUUCCAGGUGGCGACCAGUUCGAGGCGCAGUCGUGGCUGUUCGGAUUGUCGCCGCAGAUGCGUCGGGUGGUCUUCACGCCGAACUACGCGGUCGAUUUCAUGCUGAAGGCGGUUCCGGAAGUGUUCCCAGGCGUGGCUGCGGAGCAGGAGUUGACGGAGUCGGUCAGCAAGCUCACCAACAUCAGGCCCCUCGUCGACGCGGGGGUGAGGAUGUGGCGGCAGACGUUGCAGCCUGGGGCGGCGUUGUGCAUCCCCAUGGGUUUCAUUUGCGUGGAGGUGGCUUCGGAGCAGCGGCAGGUCCACUACGGCGUGAGGAAGAGUUGGUUCACGCACACCGCGGCGAGAAUCAAGCACUACUUGCAGAUCUUGGGCAUGAUGAAGAUCGGUCCUGCAGGAGACGGCCGCAUGGAGAACAUCCUCAGGGCCAUGAGGGGCGCUGCUGCAGCAGCCAGGUCGGCGGCGCCCGAGCCGCUGACGCCUGUGAAGAAGGAGCAGUGGGACGUUAUGUCCGCCAAGCUCGGCGAGCUUGUCGACUUGACGGCCGCGGAGCCCAUCUCCGUUGCCGACGACUACUUGUGA